AUGGAGGGCUUCCUCCUGCGCGCGCUCAAAGGGCUCAAGCGCGACCGCGCGAUGCAAGAGAUCCGGAGCAAGCUGCGCGGCCGCAGCCUCCUCCUCCGACGGGGCGCACGCGGCCGCCCCGCACGGCACAGCGCGCCGGCGGCACCGGUGCGCACGCCCGGAGCGGCGAAACGGCUGUGGGAGGCCUAUGCGUCGGCCGCGGUUGCUGCUCUGCCAUCGACGGAGCUGCGCGCGCUCGCGGCCUUGUGCGCCGAGAUGGACCGACACGGCUCCUUCAUGGCUGUCGUCGCCAGCCGCUGCCCAUCCCACGUCGGGAUCGAGGGCCACGUCCUCGGCGAGACGAGCAGGACGUUCCGGCUGCUCGGCGCGUCCGGCAAGCCCGUCACGGUGCUGAAGCCGGGCGCCACAUUCCGCAUGCAGCUGCCCGCGGCUGCGCGGGCAGGGGUGCCGCCAGCGCUGCACCUCGACGGCUCGCAGCUCCUCUGGCCGAGCGACAGCAAGAGGUGA